CUCAAUACCCACAACCCCCAGCUCCAUGAAACGUCAGCCGCAGUCAGCGUUGCAUCUCCAACAUGGCGUCGCUGGGAAGGAGGCGCGCUGUCCCAGUAAACAGGGAGAGGGGAGUGAUGGCGGCCACCGACUGCUACAUCGUGCACGAGAUCUACAACGGGGAGAACGCCCAGGACCAGUUUGAGUUCGAGCUGGAGCAGGCGCUAGAGGCGCAGUACAAGUACAUCGUCAUCGAGCCCACGCGCAUCGGCGACGAGACCGCCCGCUGGAUCGCCGUGGGCAACUGCCUCCACAAGACGGCGGUGCUGUCGGGCACGGCCUGCCUGCUGACGCCGCUGUCCCUCCCCCCGGAGUACUCCCGCUACGUGGCGCUGCCCGCCGGCGCCCUGAGCGUGGCGUGCUCCGCCCUCUACGGCAUCUCGUGGCAGUUCGACCCCUGCUGCAAGUACCAGGUGGAGUACGACGGCCAAAGACUCUCGCGGCUGCCGCUGCACACGCUCACCUCGUCCACGCCGGUGGUGCUGGUCCGGCGCGACGACGUGCACAGAAAGAGACUCCACAACACGAUAGCGCUGGCCGCCCUGGCCUACUGCGCCAAGAAGAUCUACGAACUCUACGCCGUAUGAGGCCGCCGCGGCCGGCUCAGCCAACCACAGCUGGAGAGGAGGAGUUUAAAACAUAACAAAAUAAAUCUGAAUAUCAAUUUGAAUUGAACCCCCAGAAGUUAGGAACAGAGGCCGGUUCUAGGGUACCAUGACACCCGGUCACCGGGGUAACGAGGUACCCGGUACCAGGCCAGGGAGCUCUGCCUGUUGGCCGCUUCCAUGUUGAACUUGAAACAAUCACGGGACGGAGUUAAACCAGAAGGACCCCCCCCCCCAAUGUCCCCCGCCUGUAAAUGACGACCUCCGCCCCUUGACCCCUGACCUCCCGGUACCGGAGUCUGAAGUCUUCUGGACAGAAAGUGUUGCAGUUCGAACCGGACCGAGUGUUUUGAGUAGUACCGUCAUGCUCUGCCCCCCCCCCCCCCAUGUAGUUUACCGUGUCCCUAACUCGCUGAACAUCGCCCGUAGACACUAGGAUAUUAACUCACCUUUCUGUAUUUUAUUUUUGCUUUUUUUCAUUAAAGAGAUUCUACAGUGUCUCCUGGACAGAGUAACACGUAUGU